AAUACAUCCCCAUUUCCAGAUGGCCGUUGAAAUAAACCUCGCUCUGGACAAGUACUUCCCCGUCAGCUCCGAAGUCCAAAUAAUCAGUGAGCCGGGCCGCUUCUUCCCAUCGACAGCCUACACGCUGGCUGUCAAUGUCGUCAGUAAGAGGGUGGACAUCAAGAAGUCCAGUGAUGACAAAGAAGACAGGGCCAAGGAGAAGAUCGUUAAUUACUUUGUGAAUGAUGGGCUCCACUCUUCAUUUAGAUUCGUAAUUUUCCACGAUACCUACGUCCUGCCAAGUGCACAAAAGAAAAGCAAGUCAGGUGAGCGUGUCUACCCCAGCACCAUCUUCGGCCAGACCUGUGAUGGGCACGACCUCAUUGUGGAAGAAUAUAACCUGCCGGAUAUACAGGUGGGCCAAUGGAUGAUAUUCUACCACAUGGGGGCCUACUCCAUCACCACUGCCACCAACUUCAACGGCUUCCCGAAGCCAAAAACCAACUUUGUGAUGGCCCCGAUAUUAUGGCAACAGCUUCAGGAGAUCUCUGCUAAGGCGGGCCAAGAUCGUUUGAAGCUGUGCUGUCUCAACGCUGACUUGGAUGCCGUCUGCACAGCGAUGCCUGGCCCCACCCGCAAGUGGAGAGCUAAAGGGGGGAAGGGGAAGUAGAGAGGAUCUCCACCAGGUCCAAACAGCAACACCAGGGGCCUGUUCCAAAACCAGAGCUUCUUCAAUGCGCUUGAAGAAGGCGUGUUGAUCUCUUUCCGGUUGCCAGGAGAAGGGGUCGUUUUGGCAACCAAAUUGGGAGAAAAUGGGGAAAAAAUCCGAAACUAUUUUUCUUUUUUCAAAGCCCUGAAAUCUGUAAUCAACUUUUCCUGUAAUAAACUCUCUGUAAUCAUGCAA